AUGGCUUUUGUGGUAGGCACGACCUCGGAUUUCUGUGGCAAAAAGACUGUCAAGAAGCCUUCCUGCAGUGGAAGCUCGGCAGAUGGAAGAUCAAUUGGUUAUUAUGAAGGUUGGUCAAUCAAUCGUGUUUGUGAUGCAAUGACGCCCGAAGCCAUCCCCGUCGGCGCUUAUACUCAUCUCAACUAUGGAUUUGCCUACAUCAAUCCUGACACAUUUGCGGUUGCACCUAUGAGUGAGAGCGAUCUUGGUCUUUAUUCGCGCUUCACAAAUCUCAAAGAAAGUAAUGCUGGUCUUGAGACAUGGAUUAGUAUUGGUGGAUGGUCCAUGAACGACGCUGAUCAACCAACUGCCACGACGUUUUCCGACCUUGCUACUUCUUCAUCGGCUCAAAAAGCAUUCUUCAAGUCAUUGUUGUCAUUCAUGACAACCUAUGGCUUCGAUGGUGUUGAUAUUGACUGGGAGUAUCCCGUUGCUUCUGACAGAUCUGGAAAAGCUAGUGAUUUUGAGAAUUACCCAUCAUUCUUGAAGAACCUGAAAGCCGCACUUGGCUCAACAGGUCACGACUACGGCUUAUCAAUUACUGUGCCCUCGAGCUAUUGGUAUCUGCAGAACUUUGACAUCAUUUCUAUUGAAAAGUACAUCGACUGGUUCAAUGUGAUGACUUAUGAUCUCCACGGAACAUGGGACUCGACAGACCCUUACAUUGGUUCAUACGUCUAUGCUCACACGAAUUUGACUGAGAUAGACCAGACGAUGGAUUUAUUUUGGCGCAAUAGUAUAACUCCAUCGAAGAUUAACCUUGGACUCGGCUUUUAUGGUCGCAGUUUCACUCUCUCUGAUCCAUCUUGCACAAAGGCCGGCUGCCCCUUCAGCAGUGGCGGUAAUCCAGGAAACUGUUCAGCAUCCUCUGGCACAUUGAUGGAUUCGGAAAUCACUGCUGUUAUUGCUGCUGGCGGGACAACUUCAGUUCUCGAUAAAGAUGCCGCUGUUAACAUUCUCACAUGGGAUACUGAUCAAUGGGUAUCUUAUGACGAUGAAACGACUAUACAGAUGAAAAAGAAGUAUGCCAACGACAUUUGUCUGGGUGGCACCAUGGUUUGGGCCGUAUCCACGGAUGACAACACUGGUGCAGCCAGUCAAAACCUCAUGGAGUUGAACAGUGUCAUCAGCAAAAGUCUUUUUUGGGGGGAAACCCCCAAGGUUUCUCCUCUGUCACAGUUUAUUUGGGGUGGCUGUGACGAAGAUUGCCCUUCGGGGACUACCCCAGCAGCCACUGGGAAAGGCAAGUCAGCAUCCAAUGUAGCGAUCUACUCUGGAUGCGCUUCUGGUAAAAAGCGAAACUACUGCUGUCCGACAGACGAUGUCCCCACCUGUCACUGGCAAGGCUCAGCCCCUCUGUGCCGCUCACAUAGCUGCGCAAGUGAUGAAGCUCAAAUAGCAACGGAUCAGUCUGCAGGUGGCCAUGGUUGUUGGUUCAAUCACAAGUCCUUGUGCUGCUCUACAAGUUCAUCGGAUGCAGCAGUUGGACAGUGCAAAUGGUCAGGUUCCGCCCCGGGCUGUGCAAGUGGUCAGAAUCAUGCAUCCUGUGCCUCAGGAUUCCCCGAGUAUCUCACAGAUAGUGUAAAUGGGCAAGGUGGCGAGUCGACUGAUCCGACAAAUGACCCUCCCAAUUUCUGCUCAGCUGCGGAUACCGCUUAUGUCUACUCCGACGAGCUUGACUCCGAUGAGAAUUCAGCUGACUUUGUUGAGCUUUAUUGGUAUGAAGAUGAUUGCUUCACACUUCCUAAUACCGGAGACCCGGACCUCAUGAAACGUUGGUUUGCAUUAUACGAUAAGGUCGGGGAAGGUGAAAUUUGGAAACGUUCAGUCGCACCGCCACCAGGGAAGAGAAAUGAAGGUUUCCCGAAGAUUUGCAUCGAUGAAGACUGCUUUAAUGUCCCGAAAUCAGAGCACCAAGACUUUGAAGAACUUCUAUGGUCAGUUGGGAACUUCACACACGGUUCGUAUGUAGAGGUGGUAGGAGAGGUGGUCCCUCGUGCGUCUAGGACCGCCAAGAUCUGUCAAAACAAGAAACAGAUCAGCAAGUUCAGUGCCAAACCCUACUCCCCCGUUAGCAUAUUGUCGACAUCGCGCCAAUUCUUUGGCGUGGUCAAGUCAGGAGCAAAGUCUGCCCUUUGUAACGGACUGCCCGUCGUUCUGGGCAAAAGGGCUCUCGGUACCAAUUAUGUUGUGGAGCAUGUCACUGAACUUCAAACUCCAGCUCAGUUCGCUACCAGUAUGCUUUCGGGAAAGCUGCCUAGUGGUGCAGCCGCACCAGGAGCAGCAUCGAACUAUGAUUGGACUCAAGUAUUCUCCCAGAAUGGUUACUUCUUUCAAACCUGGAAUCAGCUGGGAAUCAGCCAGCCGAGCGGCUUGAGUGGAAGUACCCCUGCCGAAUCUGUGGCAAUUGCUUUGGGCAGUUCCAAGGAUAUCAACAACCUGCAAAUCCUGGAGGCCCCUACAAACGGGCUGAAAGCUGCAGCUUGGCAACUGUUUAAAAACAUCAUCUCAGAUGAUAGGUUCAGUAAACAGAGUGCCGUGGGAAGAAUUGACUUCAUCAAUCGCCUCUAUGAUACCCUUCCAGGAUAUCUUAACCAUGCUGAUGUCCAAGACUCCUUGGAGUACGGCUAUAAUGCAAUUAAGACCGCCAUGGAAGCUCUUGACCAAGCUGCAAAAAGCAACGCCAACGUAUCUCCAAUCACAGCUUCAUCGUUUUCUUUGGCAUGGAAAACAUACGCUUCGGAUUUCUUCGAGCAAAUGGAAGGUAACCUACAAGUCUUUGUGAAAACGCGAAUCACGGAGGUUCUACCCUAUUGGAAAUCGAGUGAAGCGAUUAAGCUGUAUACCAAGGCUAGUGCAGCCGCAAUUACCAAAGUGCUGAACGAAAAGCUGGCUGACCUAACGACGGACGUUGUCAUCGACAGCAGCUUUGUGAAAUGA